CGUUGUUGGCUGGCCCCUAUAUUCUCAUAUGUUGUUUAUAAUUUUGGUUCUCUUAGUGAUGCAACCAAUGUUUUUGGACUCGAACCCUCAAAUUCUCUGUGGAUAACAUCAUGGUUAAAGUUUAAGCGCCAAAUUUAGUGAUUCGAAUGAUACCAAGGCAAAUGUAUUUUGAUGGAACAGGACCUGAUAGCCUCUCUUUUCCUUUCUUCAUAAAGGAAUGCAUGAGGAGGCUUGAUGAUUAUGUAGGACGUAGCAUUCACGGGCAAGGCAUUAACUCUGGAUUGUAUGGUGACCUUUUUGUUCAAACUUCUUUGCAUUGGUUUUUAUUCAGCAUGCAGGUUGUUGAAUGCUGCGAGGAAAGUGUCUGAUGAAACACCUAACAGGGAUAUUGUUUCUUGGAAUAUACUUGAGAAUGGAAAUUAUGAUGUUCUCCCAUGAAUGUUUCUAAAGUAAAGAACAAGCAAUGGUGCAAACUACAUGCCUUACGCCAUAGGAUGAUUCAAUUCUUUCCCUGCAUGACGACUAGAUGUUGUCAUAUUUUUCCACCAGAAAGUUGUUUUAAGUCACGAAAUUUCAGGAAUCUAUGCAAGACACGCUACCAGGUUCUCUGGUUUCGCUCUUCUCAUGGAUGAUGGAUAAUAUCCAGCUAUGCUCCUGUUCAUUCAUCCACCGACCGUAACUUUGGUCCCAGAAAAUGACAUUGGUCCCAGAAAAUGACAUGAGAGGUUUUAUCUUUAUCCUAGUCACAAACUUGCUUCUUGCUCUGUAAGGAGAAAAACAUUUGUAGUCCAGAAACAGCAAAUGAAAUAAUCAUGCCGGU